AUGACGAAUUAUGAGAAUCUUAUAAAUUUGCCAUUAAAUUUUAAUGCAAAUAAUCAUGCAAAUAAUAAUGAGAACAAUGGCAAAAUUGCUGUUGGCGAGCAGCUAUUGAAUAAGAUGUCGCAGCGGGACUUCUCCGAGAAUGAACCGGAAUGCACACCGGAGCUGCCCGCUGCAAAUCGCGCGCUCUUCUUGGAGAAGGUGCGCCAGUCGAACGCUGCCUGCCAGAGCGGAGACUUUGCCACCGCCGUGCUGCUGUACACGGACGCACUGCAGCUGGAUCCGGGCAAUCAUAUACUCUACAGCAACCGUUCGGCGGCGCGGCUCAAGCAGGGACAGUUUGCAGCGGCGCUGCAGGAUGCGACGCAGGCGCGUGAAUUGUGCCCACAGUGGCCCAAGGCGUAUUUUCGUCAAGGCGUUGCGCUGCAGUGCCUGGGCAGGUAUGGCGAGGCGUUGGCUUCCUUCGCCGCCGGCCUGGCACAGGAGCCGAGCCACAAGCAGCUGCUGGCGGGUCUUGUCGAGGCCUCGCUGAAAAGUCCGCUGCGUGCGGCACUGGAGCCGACGCUGCAGCAGCUGCGCGCCAUGCAGCUGCACGAGUCACCGUUCGUGGUCAGCUCCGUGGUCGGGCAGGAGUUGUUGCAGGCUUCGCAGUAUCAGGCGGCGGUUGCCGUGCUGGAGGCGGCGCUGCGCAUUGGCAGCUGCUCGCUCAAGCUGCGUGGAUCCGUCUUCAGUGCAUUGAGCUCGGCGCACUGGGCGCUCAAUCAGCUGGACCAAGCUAUUGGCUAUAUGCAGCAGGACUUGGCCGUGGCCAAGUCGCUGGGCGACACAGCCGGCGAGUGCCGUGCCCAUGGCAAUCUGGGCUCCGCCUACUUCAGUCAGGGCGCCUACAAGGAGGCACUCACAGCGCAUCGCUACCAGCUGGUGCUGGCCAUGAAGUGCAAGGACACACAGGCAGCCGCCUCGGCUUUGACCUCACUCGGCCAUGUGUACACGGCCAGCGGAGACUAUCCCAACGCCCUGGCCUCCCACAAGCAGUGCGUGCAGCUCUUCAAGCAACUCGGCGAUCGACUGCAAGAGGCGCGCGAAAUCGGCAAUGUGGGCGCCGUCUACUUGGCCCUGGGUGAGUGCGAGGCGGCACUCGAUUGCCACACGCAACAUCUGCGUCUGGCGAGGAAGCUGCACGAUCAGGUGGAAGAAGCGCGCGCCUAUUCCAAUCUCGGCUCUGCGCAUCAUCAGCGGCGGCAGUUUGGCCAGGCGGCCGCCUGCCACGAGCAGGUGCUGCGCAUAGCUCAGACGCUGGGCGAUCGCAGCAUAGAGGCGCGCGCCUAUGCGGGAUUGGGGCAUGCGGCACGCUGUGCCGGCGAUGCGGCCGCCUCGAAGCGCUGGCACGAACGCCAGCUGGCCAUGGCGCUGGCUGCGCGCGAUAAGCUUGGCGAAGGACGCGCCUGUUCCAAUCUGGGCAUCGUGUAUCAGCUGCUGGGCGCCCACGAUGCGGCGCUGAAGCUGCACCAGGCACAUCUGGGUAUUGCACGCGCCUUGGGCGAUCGGGCGGGCAUGGGACGUGCCUAUGGCAACAUGGGCAAUGCCCACGCUGCCGCUGGCGCCUACGAGGCAGCUGUCAAGUAUCACAAACAGGAGCUGGCCAUUAGCCAGGCCGUCAACGAUCGCAGCGCCGAGGCGGCCACGCACGGCAACCUGGCGGUUGCCUACCAGGCGCUGGGCGCCCAUGAUGCAGCACUGGCGCACUAUCGCGCCCAUCUGGCCACCGCCAGAUCCCUGAAGGAUGCGGCUGGCGAGGCUUGUGCGCUGCUCAAUCUAGGCAACUGCCUCAGCGCACGCCAGCUCUACGGCGAGGCGGUGCCGCACUACGAGAGCUACUUGAUGCUCGCCCAAGAGCUGGGCGACGUGGCCGCCGAGGGCAAGGCCUGCCAUCUGCUGGGCUAUGCCCACUAUUGCCUGGGCAAUUAUCGCGCCGCUGUGCGCUACUACGAUCAGGAUCUGGCCCUGGCCAAGGACGCACAGCAUCGGCCGCACAUGGGACGCGCCUACUGCAAUCUAGGCCUGGCUCACCUGGCGCUGGGCCACACGGCCGCCGCCCUGGAGUGCCAGCAACUGUUCUUGGCUGUUGCCCAUGCCACUGGUCAGCUGCCGGCCAAGUUCCGAGCACUGGGCAACAUUGGCGACAUACUCAUACGCACCGGUGCCCACGAGGAGGCCAUUAAGCUGUAUCAGCGUCAGCUGGCGCUGGCUAGGUCGGCCGGCGAGCGCGCCAUGGAGGCGGCUGCCUGUGGCGCUUUGGGCUUGGCGCAUCGUUUGCUGCGGCGUUGGGACAAGGCGCUCGGGCAUCAUACACAGGAGCUGACACUGCGCCAGGAGCUGGGCGAUCUGGCUGGGGAGUGUCGCGCCCAUGGUCAUCUGGGCGCUGUGCACAUGGCGCUGUGCAGCUGGACGCAUGCCGUCAAGUGCUAUCAGGAGCAACUGGAGCGCGCCCAGGAACAACGAGAUGCCGCCGUCGAGGCACAGGCACACGGAAAUCUCGGCAUUGCUCGGCUCAAUAUGGCGCACUAUGAGGCGGCCAUUGGCUGCCUGGAGGCGCAGCUGGGCACCUUGGAGCGCGUGUCGCUGCCCUCGACGCAGGCGGAUCGCGCCCGAGCACUGGGACAUCUGGGGGAUUGCUAUGCUGCGCUGGGCGACUAUGAGGAGGCGUUGAAGUGUCACGAGCGCCAGCUGCAGCUGGCACUGGGCCUGGCCAGCCAUCGCGAUCAGGAGCGCGCCUAUCGCGGCCUCGGCCAGGCUCGCCGCGCCCUGGGGCAGCUGGCGACGGCGCUGGUGUGUCUGGAGAAGCGUCUGGUCGUCGCCCACGAGCUGCACAGUGCCGAGGUCAAGGCGCUAGCCUAUGGCGACUUGGGCCAUGUGCACGCAGCGCUUGGUAAUCAUGCCCAGGCGCUCAACUGCUUGGAGCAUCAGCGGGAGUUGGCACGCGGCCUGCAGGAUCGCGCCCUCGAAUCGGAUGCAAUGUGCGCCUUGGGGCAGGUGCAGCAGCGCAUGGGUCAACAUGCCGAGGCGCUGCAGCUACACGAACAGGAUCUCCAGCUGUGCACCGAGCUGGCGGCGCCAGCCUUGCAGGCACGCGCCGUGGGCAAUCUGGGCGCCGUGCACGAGGCACUGGGACAACAGGAGGAGGCGCUCAAAUGCUACGAACGACAAUUGGCACUCAGCACAGAUCGACUGGGCAAAGCGCUGGCCUGCGGAGCCCUGGGCCGUGUGCAUCAUCAGCUGGAGCAGCACGCGCAGGCAGUGGAAUAUCUGCGGCAGGGCUUGGCCAGUGCGCAGUCCAUUGGCAAGUCAGAGGAGGAGGCCAAGAUAAGACAUCAACUGGGUCUUGCUCUGCGUUCCUCUGGCGACGCUGAAGGCGCUCGCAUACAACUGGAAACGGCCGCCCAGCUGCUGGAGUCCGUGCGCCAGGAGCAGCGCAGCCCUGAGACGCGUCUAGCUCUCUACGAGCUGCAGACGAGCUGCUACCAUCUGCUGCAGCAGCUGCUCGUGGCUCUGCAACGUAGCGAGGAUGCGCUGGUCGCUGCGGAGCGCUGCAAGGCGCGCAACGGCGCCGAUGCAACUGUCGGCGAUGCCAAGGCCACAGCAACAACAGCAAACAGCACUGCGGACAUCGAUGCCAUUUUGGAGGCAGUGAACCGAGGCCGCAUGCCCGUGCUCUACUACAGCUUGGCCGGGGAGCAGCUCUAUGCCUGGCUGCUGCAGCCACAGACGGGCAUCGUGCGCUUCCAUGCGGCGCGCAUUGAUCCGCAGACGCUGCAGCUGCCGCUGUCGCUCAAUGAGUGCCAUGAGGAGGAGGACGACGACGAGCAGCAGCCGGAGCAACAGAAGCAGCAGCGCGAUGAUGAUCCUGAACCAGCGGGUCAACUCCUGCUGGAGCGCUAUGUCAACAUGGUGCGUGAUAAUCUUGGCGUCAACUCCCAGAACCUGUUACACGAGGGCGAUGGCAGCGGCUGGCGUGCCAGCAGCGAGCAGCUGCUGGAGGACUUGCCCGGAGCUGGUGCCGGCGGCGGUGGCUUUCUGCGCAUGGUCAGCCGCAAUCAGCUGCUGAACUCAUCCAACUACUCGCUCAGCUCACUGUUCUCUCUGGGCUCCGUGGCUAGUCUGCAGGGCUCCACGCGAUCCGUGGGCAGCCGUAGCUCCCGGCGAGCGCCCGCUCCGCCCGCGUGGCGUGGACCCGCCUGCCUACACACGCUCUACAAUCUGCUGCUGGCGCCGUUCGAUGAUCUGUUGCCCAGCGGCGCCAGCGUGUCGCGCCAAGGCAGACGUGAGCUCAUCCUGGUGCUGGACAGCGCCCUCUACCUGGUGCCAUUCGCCAUAUUACGCGCCGCGGGCGAUGAUGGCGAGUACCUGUCGGAGCGCUGUGCUCUGUUAACGGCGCCAUCACUGCAGGCGCUGCGCGGCCGCUCCCGAAGCCGACGAGAUCGUGGUCGCCCGCCAACAGCUCUGGUCGUCGGUGGACCGCGGGUACCAUCCGCUCUUGCGGAGCGCUGGGGCUGGGCCGCCGCCGAAUCGCCAGCAGCCUUGCAGGAGGCCGCCAUGGUUGCAGACAUGCUGCAGGCAAAUGCUCUAGCCGGCUGCAAUGCCACCAAGGAGUCUGUGCUGGCCGAGCUGCCUGGCGCCGAGUGCGUGCAUUUUGCCGCCAAUCUCAGCUGGAAACUUGGCGCUGUGGUGCUCAGUCCGGGCGAUGUGGUUACCGCCGAGCAGCAGCAACAGAAGGAGCCACAUGAGCCUCAGCUAUCUGACUUUACAUUGGCUGCCGCAGAGCUGCGUCAGCUGCGCCUCGGCGCACGCCUGGUGGUGCUCAGCUCCUAUCACUCCGUGGAGCCCAUAACAGGCACUGGUGUUGCCCAGCUGGCCGGUGGCUGGCUGCUGGCCGGCGCCGGCGCUGUGCUCAUCUCGCUCUGGCCAGUGCCGGAGACAGCGGCCAAAAUUCUGCUGCGCGCCUUCUACUCGGCCCUGCUCCAGGGCGCACGAGCGGCACGCGCAUUGGCAGAGGCCAUGCAAACGGUGCAGCAUACCAAGCACUUUGCACAUCCGGCCAACUGGGCUGGCUUUUUGCUCGUGGGCGCCAAUGUGAGGUUAUCGAACAAGGUGGCGCUGCUGGGCCAUGCACUGUGCGAGCUGCUGCGCACGCCGGAACGCUGUCGGGAUGCGCUGCGUGUGUGCCUGCAUCUGGUGGAGAAGAGCCUGCAGCGGAUACAUCGCGGCCAAAAGAACGCCAUGUACACAACUCAGCAGAGCAUUGAGAACAAAGCUGGACCGGUGGCCGGAUGGAAGGAUUUGCUAAUGGCUGUGGGCUUUCGCUUCGAGCCAGCCGCCAAUGGCAUACCCUCUAGCGUGUUCUUCCCGCAAACGGAUCCCGAGGAGCGGCUAUCCCAGUGCUCGGCCAGCCUGCAGGCGCUGCUGGCCCUGACGCCCGCUACGCUCCAGGCGCUGGCCAAGCUGGUGAACAGUGCCGAGCAUGCGGAUGAUAUUAUUGCCGUAGUACGCAACAUAUUGGCUCAGUUCCCUGCCAAGCCGGAGGCUGAGGCCUGCAUUGAGAUGCCGUUGAGCGUGCGCCUGUGGCGCGUUGCCGGCUGCCACGAGCUGCUGGCUUCGGUGGGCUUCGAUCUGACCGAGGUGGGCGCGGACCAGGUUAUACUGCGCACCGGCAAACAGGCCAAUCGACGUCACUGUCAGUUCGUGCUGCAGGCGCUCCUCGCGCUCUUCGAUACACACGAGGCACCCAAGAGUCUUAGUCUAGACUCGGCAGCUCACAGCAGCAGCAGCUGCGAGUCGCUGACGGAGCCCGAGCUAACUGCCGCACCCGUACAGCCUGUUACGUCGAAUGGCAACAGCUCCACGCCCGUUGCAGCCACCAACGCCACACAGUCGCCUCUGCCGCUGCAUCCACGCAGCGCAUUCAUCUCGUACGUGCGUCGCCGCGGCGAGCCCGACGGCGGCGGCGGCCUAGACUCCAGUCUGGCCAACACCACGGACAGCGAGCACUCGCUUUCCGAUGGCUAUGCCACGCAGGCGGGCAACGGGCAGCCAGCUGCACGCUUGGGCUAUGCCAGCCUGCGUGGUCCAGUGCGCGUCUCGCGGCCUGGCGGCGGUGGUGAGAGUGAUGCGGCCUUUACGCCCAGUCCGCCGGUAACCGACCCCAGCCUGUCGCUGGCGCUAGCUCACCAGACGCGCAUACGCUGCCUCUACGCUCAGCCGAGCACAGUUGCUUCAUCAGCUGCGCCUUUGGCGAACUCCAGCCGUCGACCCGAUAGCUCAAGCUCAGCCAGCAGCACCACAACGGACUGGGAGGGCUCCGGACAUGCAACAGUGCUGCGACGUGGAGCAGCUGCUGGCGCUCAGCAGCAGCAGCCGCAGCAACAACAGACGCAACUGCAGCAGCAGCCACCGCUGCCGCCGCCUCGUCCGCCCGUCUAUCACAAUUUAGGCGCUGGCGGACGCAGCAAGCCGAAAAUCAAGCUGGGCAGCGCACAGAGCUCGCUGGCGGCACGCGUUAACAAGGAGCAUGCUCUAUUCAUGGACAGACUGAGCGUGCGCACCGAGCUGAAUGCCCCAGCAGUGCCCAAUGGCGCGGCGAGUAACGUGGGUGGCGGCGGAGGCGCCGUGGUCACUGGAGGGCAGCGUAAGGCGCUAACAUUGUCGGAAGAGGAGGCUGCCAGUGUGGCCUUUAAUCCGGCCAGCCUGUACUUUUCGCCAGCUGACAGCGAGCUGCUGGGUGAGCCCAAGCAGCCACUGGAGGAGACGCCAGUGAAGCCGAGCGCCAAGUGCAUUCAGGACAGCAUUAUGCGGCACAUGAAUCGCGAGCUGACGCCCAGCAUCUCGGAGCUGUAUCAUGAGCGCAAUUUGGGUCUGGGUCUGGCACCGCCGCUCUCCAAGCUGCUGCUCAAUCCGAACUACGAGGAGCAGGAGGUGACUGCCAUGGUCGAAAGCAACAAUCCAUCUGCUGGUAAUGCGGCUGCCAUCAAAACCCUCGUGGAUGCAGUUAACGAGCUGGAGCUGAGCGGCAGUUCGUCCGGCGCCACAAUACCAACUGUGGUCGGCGGCGGCGAACCGGAAAACAAUCCGGUCAACGGCGUCGGGGACACCGAGCGCUUCUGUUCCAUAUGCGGCGAGCACGCAGACGUCGUCUGCCGCUGCAAGGCGGCCACCAUGCAGAAGAAGUCCACACUAAAGCCCUGGCUAAGCAAUGUGCCCGCCAGCAGCCUGGUCCAGGCUAGCGAGCUAACUACCGCAGAGAUACUGGAGCGACGUCUGGAAACGGUGGCAGCAACCAGCGCACCAUUUACCGCCGAGCUAUGUCGUCGCGACGAGGGCGACGGACGCUCCGUAGCCGAUUCGCAGUGCAGCAGCAACUACAAACGGGUGCUGGCCACCGCCGGCGCCGUCAGUCUGGUGGUUGGCAUCGGUGCUGGCGAUGCGGAAGCCCAGAACACAACAUCGCCUGCCACCUGCUCGGCAGCGCGUCUCGUCUAGAUGCGACUACCCCACCACUUGCCACUUGCCACUUGCCACUUGCCACUUGCCACUUGCCGCUCUUCAAUUGAUAUUAGACUUUAUUUAUAGGCUUAAUCGGAGACACCCUGUACUGAUCAUCGUAGCAUUAGUUAUUGCAUUUUAUUUAUUUAUUUAUAUACAAUAUCCGUCAACAUUAGUUAGAUAAGACACACACACACAUACAUGCACACUUGCAUUUGUAAUUUGUAAUGUUUCAACGAAGCCACUGAUUAAAUUUUAUGCAUUUAUGUGACCUUCUUUAGCAGAAUCCAUUUGUACAGCUU